UUUAUAAUUAUCAUAAAAUUAUAUAUAUUCCAACAACAACCGUUGGAUUUUUUCCUAGUUAUAUUAUACAAAUUAAAUCUUGUUAACCGCCGUUCUAACUCCUCUUUCUUUUACCUUUUACUGGAUCGUCUUUCUGAAACGGAACCUUCAAAACUGAGAUUAAAGCCUCCUAAGAAGAAAACCCUAGCGCUGCCAUUGCCUUACCGACGUUCGACCACGGGGAACACGUUCACAGCCAAAGACAAAACUUCCUCCUCUAUCUUAAAUCCCAAAUGAGAAGAACCUGAAAUGAAAUCCCUAAACCCAAGACCUCUUAGAUCCUAAUCUCAGCCCAAUAGCACGGGGACCCGAAGACCUCCUAUUUAUUUGCCCUCUAUCUUCCGUUUCUGCCGUUGUAGAGGUAAUUUCACCCUUGGUAUCCUUUCUAAUUUGAUAUCUUAGAACAAAAAUCGCUGCGAAUUUCUGUAACACUCUAUCAGUCUCGUUAGAGGGCAAAUUAAUAAAUAAAUAAAUCUCCAUUUGAAUGGAUUCUCCUGAGCGUAGCAGUCGUAGACACGUGAGACGUGAUAGAGAGGAUAGUUCAGACUUGAAAAGUGAUAGGGCUGCUGGGGAUGAUGAAGAGUGGGAUGCAACUGAUAGUAAGAAGAAGCACAAGUCUAGCAAGUCUAGAAAGCCUAGCAAUGUUGAAGAAGGUGAGGGUCUCGACAGUGGCAGUGGAAGUGGAAGGAGGAGGAGUUCUGGGGAUAGAAGUGAGAGCCGGAAAAGGUCAUAUACUUCUGCCAGAGCUGAUAGCGAUGAAGAUGAUUAUGACACCCGAAAACCGUCCCGUUCCAAGCAGAUCAAGAGAAAACAAGAGGAAAGUUCCUCGGAAAAAUUGAGUAGUUGGUACCAGGAGGGAGAACUUGAAAGCAGACAAGAUGGUGCUGAGAAGUUAGCCAGUAAAGGACAUGCUUGGGCUGAUGAGCCUGACAGAAAGAAGGUGGUCUCAAAGCUAAGUAAAAGCAAAGAAGAAAGGUCCCAUGACAGAGAACUUGAAAGGUCACCGGAUAGAGAUUCCAGGUAUUCUGAAAGGAGGGAAAGCAGCCACGAUAAGGGCCAUGGCUCUUCCGAAUUAUCAAGGAACUCUAGAAGAAGAUGGGAUGAACCAGAUGCUUCCAGGAAAGCUGAAGAAAAUAGUUAUGAUAGAACUGAUCUGACAAGUGGGAAAUCUUAUGAUCUCAAGUAUGACACUGCUAGAGAGAAAAGUGCUUCUGCAAGAAAUCAACCUAGCGAGAGUAAAAUCACUGCAGCAGAUUCAAACAAUGAGAAGGGUGCCAAAUCCAGCAGUAGGGAAGAGAGAAGAAUUGAUGUUGAGAAGAGCAAGAGCAAAGGUCGAUCAGAUGCCCUAGAAGAAGACAGUAGGGCUAGUUCAUUGACUCGUGAAGACAGAUCAAGUAGGGAGAAAAUUGACAAGCUCAGACAACAGAGAACUCCCCCUGGUCGAUAUGUCGCUGAAAACCGAGAAAGGACUUCCAAUAUGGAUGAUGAUGGAAUGACAUGGAUGAGGGAUAAAAAUUCAAGACAAGCGGGGCAAACAAACAGGUCUAGGAGCCCUGACAGAGGUAGUAGGCGUUAUCAAGAAUCAGAGCUCUCUGAGUUGGAUCCUGAAAGAAGCCAGGAACACAAAACAAAAGAACUAGAAAGGGAUGACAGAUCCAAAAGCAGGGAUGAUAACUGGAGUGGCAGGACAAGGGAUCGAGAAGGUUCAAAAGAAAGCUGGAAAAGGAGGCAAUUGAGUAAUAAUGAUAAAGAGGCCAAAGAUGGGGACAUUACAUAUGAUUGUGGUAGAGAAUGGGAUUUGCCAAGGCAUGGCCGUGAGAGGAUUGAAAAUGAAAGGCCUCACGGUCGGCCAGGCAAUAGAAAAGAUGGAAAUCGAGGUGAAGCUGUGAAGACGUCAUCAAAUUUUGGAAUCUCAAAUGAUAACUAUGAUGUGAUAGAGAUCCAAACCAAGCCUCUUGAUUAUGGAAGAGCAGAGUCUGGAUCCAACCUUCCCCGGAGAACUGAAAUUGGUCAGCAGUCUUACAUGAAGUCAGCUCCAAACGAGGAAGGGUGGGCAUAUAUGCAAGACAAUAGGGGAAGGAGGAGUGAUGCAUAUGUUUCUGGACCCUUGGAUGAAGAUUCAAUGGACAAACAUACAGAGGAAAGUAACUCAAUGCGAGAUCCAAAUUUAUGGAAUGAUGAACUUGAUUACAGCGGAGGGAAAGGGAGAGGCCAGAAACAUACUGUAUCUGACCGUGGCUUUGGCGGCCAAAGUUCUAGUGCUGGAUCUCAAUUACCUUACGGAAACCAGGAUGUUUUGGGCCAAGCUCCUCCUCAAGGUGUGAAAGAGAGUAGAAUAGGUAGAGGAGGAAGGGGAAGACCUACAGGGAGGGACAAUCAACAGGUUGGUCUGCCAAUGCCUAUGAUGGGAUCACCUUUUGCUCAUCUCGGAAUGCCACCACCUGGACCUAUGCAACCAAUUAACCCUAGUAUGUCACCUGCUCCUGGCCCUCCAAUUUCUCCAGGUGUCUUCAUUCCACCGUUUUCCCCACCUGUGGUUUGGUCUGGGCUUCGAGCAGUUGAUAUGAAUAUGCUAGGUGUUCCACCUGGUCUCUCUCCUGUUCCUCCUGGACCUUCUGGCCCAGGGUUUCCUCCUAAUAUAGGUCCUCCAAACCCUGGUAUGUACUUUAAUCAGUCAGGACUUGGAAGAGGACCUUCAAAUGUGUUGUUGUCUGGCUUUAAUGGGGCAGGGCCAAUGGGACUAGGAACACCACCAGAAAGACCAUCUGGGGGUUGGGUUCCUCCUAGAACUGGUGCUUCUUCUGGUAAAGCUCCUUCUAGAGGAGAGCAGAAUGAUUAUUCUCAAAAUUUUGUUGACACUGGUAUGCGACCACAGAAUUUCAUCAGGGAGCUGGAGCUUACCAAUGUUGUGGAGGACUAUCCAAAGCUAAGGGAGCUUAUACAGAAAAAGGAUGAGAUUGUAGCUAAAUCUGCUUCUCCUCCCAUGUAUAUGAAGUGUGGCCUGCGUGAAUUUGAGCUGUCUCCAAAUUUCUUUGGAACCAAGUUUGAUGUUAUUCUUAUAGACCCGCCUUUGGAGGAAUAUGUUCACCGGGCUCCUGGAGUUGCUGACCAUAUUGAAUACUGGACAUUUGAAGAGAUCAUGAAUCUUAAGAUUGAGGCAAUAGCUGACACACCGUCGUUUAUAUUCCUUUGGGUGGGUGAUGGUGUGGGCCUUGAGCAAGGCCGUCAAUGCUUAAAGAAGUGGGGUUUCCGGAGGUGUGAAGAUAUAUGUUGGGUGAAGACCAACAAAACGAAUGCAACUCCAGGCUUACAACAUGAUUCUCAUACUAUAUUACAGCACUCAAAGGAACACUGCCUGAUGGGUAUAAAAGGAACAGUUCGUCGUAGUACAGAUGGUCAUAUAAUUCAUGCCAACAUUGACACUGAUUUAAUUAUCGCUGAGGAACCUUCCUAUGGUUCAACUCAAAAGCCCGAAGAUAUGUAUCGAAUUAUUGAGCAUUUUGCUCUUGGCCGCAGAAGGCUUGAGCUAUUCGGUGAAGACCACAACAUUCGAACUGGUUGGCUGACUGUUGGUAAAGGACUGUCCUCAUCAAAUUUUAAUAGAGAGGCAUAUAUUAGAAACUUUGCGGACAAGGAUGGAAAAGUGUGGCAAGGUGGGGGAGGACGAAAUCCACCCCCAGAUGCACCUCAUCUAAUCAAGACAACCCCAGAAAUAGAGGCCCUGCGUCCCAAGUCGCCCAUCAAGAACUAGCAGCAGCAGUCUACCUCUAUUUCUCUGACAUCCAAUUCCUCCAACAGAAGGCCUGCUGGAAAUUCACCGCUGAACCCAACUGUCCUCGGUUUGAAUCAAGAAGCUUCUAGCUCUAACCCAUCAACUCCUGCUGCUUGGGCUUCGCCAAUGGAGGCUUUUAGAGGACGAGAAGGCAUGAACAUGUCCUAAGAUGAUAGCAUGUUUGAUAUGUAUCGGUAUGGUGGCCAGGCAAAUGCGGAUUACCUGGAUUUUGAGUCCAUUAGAGCAAUGAAUUUAAUGUGACAAAUUCCUGUAAAAAAUAAUACACUGUAGUGUUUAGAUUUUUCACCAUAAAUAACCUGCAAAUGGAUAGUGAAGUGCAUUAUUCUGCUAUUAAACGAUGAUGAUAUUAUUCUCACGGGGAAUAAUAACCAAAUCUUGACUGAUUUUAUUCAUUAGUUAAAGCCUGGAAUUUUCUUUUAAAAAUAUGAGGGAUUUGCAUUUUCCUUCUGGACGUUGAAGUGUACAAAAAUUCUAGUGGAUUGUAUCUUUGUGAAAUCAGAUAUGGUAUAACUAUUUUGGAUCGUGCUCAGAUGGUCGAUUGUAAGGCAGUUGGAACACCAGUGACCUC